AUGCUGGAAUCCGUCCAGUCGCAGGGUGCAUAUCUCAUCAUCGUCAGCAACGCGGUCGAGAUCGUGCUAUUCGGCGUAUACUCGAUGCUCCUUGCGUUCGCCCUCUUGAUUCUCAUCCCCUUCAAGAGGCCUCUUCCCGUCAACUGGACUAUCGUCAUCGCCAUCCUUGUCCUUUUCAUGUUAGCCAUGGGUCGCACGUCUCUCACGACCACGAUACGCCAUACCGCGUUCACGAGCGGAUUCCCCCUUCCCACUGCCCACGACAUGAGCGGCCUAAUCCAUCGGUGUUGGGUGGUGUGGGAUUUCAAUUACGGUGUCGUCGUUGCCCCCUUGGUCCUGUCUGUUGCCGCCAUCGUGGUCGGCAUCGUAGGCAUAUUGUCUCUCCUGGCUUUUCUUCUCAUCACCGUCCUCAUUGCGUUGCGCCUGAGGAAUCACCCUGCCAUCUCACGCACCCGAUCUUUCGAAACCCUCCUAGUCUCUCUGAGCGGCGCCUGCAUUGAAACCGGUGCCCUGCUCGUGGCUGUUCAACUGUUACUCGUCAUAUUCCUGCUGGUACAGAACCCUGGCCUCCUUCUUGUGGGAAGCAUCGCAUCCCAGAUCUACGGCAUUGGACCGACUAUUAUGAUCAUCCAUCUUGGUCUCGCCCUUAUUCCCCGCGGACGACGGCGAAGCUUCAACCAGUCGACCACCGUUCCGCAGUUCAGUACCCUCAUCAUCGACACGAUAUACCCCUUCUCGGAGGCGGACGAGCUGCACAUCGAACUCGAAGACGCGCCUUCAAACGGGACCCGUCGCGGUCUCUCAAUACGCCCGGUCGUGGCCAACAAGACACUCCGCCACCGGGUGGCAGAUCUCGAGACCUUGAGCACUGGAUCCGACACCACCGUCAGACAGUCUGGGUUCGGAGCAAGUUCACCAGUCCGCCGGCCCGUGUCCACCGGAGGGACCGAAGCCGCACUGCGUCAUCGCCAGCCUGCCAAGACUGAUGCGCGGUGA